AUUACUAGCGCCGUUAGUAUCAAUGCCACCUCAAGUUUUAGAUCGUGCCCUAUACAUUUGAAAUGCGAUUUGUUUGUAUUUAUAUUUACUCUAUGCUUUAAAUGUCGAGAAAAGUUUGUAAAUAAUCACAUAGUUGAUUAUGUCAGGUUCACGUCCGACAGCAAAUGUUCAAUGGUCUUUCCGUCUGCGGGACUAUGGCUCGGAGUGGCAGAGCAGACGACCUUUGGAAGAAGUUUCUGAUCAUCCACUGAAACCUCUUGUUACGACAGUGACGGAGAGCCGUGUGAUGAGGAAGAUGCUGGGCGGGAGCGCGACCAGCAGCACGGGCUCAUCCACGCCCACCCCCACCCUGGACCCCCUGGGGGUCGCACUGGACGGCUGCGACCCGCUGAGCCAGUUCGCGCGCCAGGAGCUCGACCCCCUGUCCAAGAUGGCCGCGGCCGAUAGCUGGGAAACUCCCCCUCGCGACCAGAAGAGAAGCAAAGAGGCAGUAACGGAAGAUAGCCUUGAUUCUUGGUCGUCUAGAAAAUCUGCUAUCUUGAGCAAAUUCACUACUUCUGAAAAGUUAUCCAUUGUCACAAGUUUUUUAUCUGGUGGUGAGAAAGUGGUGGUGAAGGCGCAGAGCGCGGCGGUCGACAAGGUGAAGCACCGCCUGGAGCAGCUGGACGAGGUGGACGAGGGCUCGGUGCGGCAGGAGCUCGACCUCAGCCAGCAGGAGUACGUGGCCCGGAUCGAGCAGCUCAACCAGGAGCUGGUGCAGGCGUGGCACUCGGACCAGCGCGUGCGAGCCCUCAAGAUAGCCAUCCAGUGCUCCAAGCUGCUGGUCGACACCGCCGUCAUUCAGUUCUACCCCAGCAAGUUCGUGCUCGUCACCGACAUCCUGGACAUCUUCGGCAAGCUGGUGUACGACCGCCUCCGCACCAAGGCCGAGUACUACCUGCCUGGCAGCAGGAAUCCAACGCCCUUGCCGGAGAACUUCACCCCGGACAUGGUCCCAGAGUCUGCCAAAGAGACCUGCCGCAACUGGUUCUACAAGAUCGCUUCGAUCCGAGAACUGGUUCCUCGGCUGUACGUGGAGAUGGCCAUCCUAAAAUCUUACAGCUUCCUUAAGUCUAGCGAGUUCUCUCAGGCACUGCUGCGCCUCACCCGGAUGAUUCGCGGCAUUGGAGACCCGCUCGUGGCGGUGUAUGCUCGCUGCUACUUGUGCCGGGUUGGCAUCACUGUCUCUACCACCGACAAGGAGUACAUCAAAGAGAACUUCUAUGAUUUCCUCUCCUCGUACCACCAGGUGUUCAGUGCCAGCGUGCGCGCGGACCUGAGCCGGCAGAAGGUGGAGCUGUCGGCCUACCUGACCCUCUACACCCCGGCCCUGGACUGGAUCCUGCAGGCGGUGGCCGCCGGCGCCCCCGAGCGCCUGCUGGUGGAGAUCCUGGCUCGCUGCAAGGAGCAGGCCAACAGUGCACUGUUGCUGAACACUAUAAUGGCAGCAUUCAAGCCUGCCUACAUCGCAAGUCGCACGCCCCAAUUCAUCGAGCUUAUUUCCUCGUGCAACGAAGAAGGCUUCCCACAGUACCUGCUGUUCCGCACGCUGGGGCUGUGCCUGGUGCUGGCCGACCCCCCGCCCGACCUCCGCCUGCAGAUCCUCAACGACGUGUGGCGCUGCGUCUCCAAGCUGUCAGAUCCCGCCCACUACGCCUGCUGCGCCGAGGUCUGGGUGGAGUUCGUCGCGCGCCACUUCUCCCGGAGGGAAGUGAACACCUUCCUAGGAGACGUGAUACGACACAUGUCAGUGGACCGAGCGUACGAGAGCCACUACGCACAGCUGCACACCAUCGUCAACAAGGUGGUCACUCACAUGCAGGACUUCGAGAUGCUCUUCACCAUGGACAAGUUCCUGCCGCUGCUAGACCUGUUCCAGAAGGAGAGCGUGAAGGUGGAGGUGUGCAAGAGCAUCAUGAGCGCCUUCUCGCAGCAGCAGCAGGAGCCCACCAACGACCCCGUCAUCAGCAACGCCCUCAUGUUCGUGUGCCGCGUCAUGCACGACUCCGUCAACGCCCUGACGGUGGAGGAUGAGAAGAGGCAGAUCGGCAACCUGAUAUCGGCGUUCGUCAGGAACGUGGACUACGGCAGGGACUUUGAGCAGCAACUGAGCUUCUACGUGGAGGCCCGGGCGUCUUUCCCCAACCUCGACCCGGUUCACGCAGAGCUCGUCCAGAGCGUGAACAGGAUAGCGGUGGAGACGCGCAGAAUCGUGAAGGGCCACCACACGCGCAAGACAGCGGCGUUCGUGCGGGCGUGCUCUGCCUACUGCUACAUCACCGUCCCGUCCAUCGCGUGCGUGCUGUCGCGGCUGCAGCUGUACCUGCUGUCGGGGCAGGUGGCCCUGCUCAACCAGUGCCUGGGGCAAGGUCAGGCGAGCUUCACGUCCCAUCGGCGAUGUUCCCGACAUUCUGCGAGUGUUCAGAAGUUACCAGUUUGAUAUUACAUUCAACAUUUCAAAUCUAAUUACUGAUACAUGUACAAUUGUGGCUCACUGGUGUGUGUGUGUGUGUGUGUGUGUGUGUGUGUGUGUGUGUGUGUGUGUGUGUGUGUGUGUGUGUGUGUGUGUGUGUGUGUGUGUGUGUGUGUGU